AUUACUUCAAAAGACGCAAACAAUAAAGUAGAAAGGGUUUCGCUCCAAAUCCUUUUUGACAGAGAGUCCAGGUUUCACGUGUCCAGAUAAAGGCUAAUCUUUACAGUACCUCUCGUUUGGGAAACACAUCCUGAGAGCCAAGUGAAUUGAAUGAAGAGGAUCUAGCCCAGCCAGCUUUCAGUCUGUACUGUCCACAGCAAACAGGAUUCAUAGCAACAAUUCUGCCAAUUUUCUUAUAUAAUCUACAGCAUCUAUGCACAUCAUCUUCUGCCAUGAAUCUGUUGUUUAAAUUACGGACUCUAAAAUCUUUGUGGAUUCUGAAGCCUCCUGUUUGGACUUUCCAUGGACAUUCCAGGCUGCUUGCCUCUGAUGUAUAUUCACAGUACGAGUCCAUCAGGCGGGGCAAACAGGAAAUACCAGAGUACUUUAACUUUGCAAGUGAUGUUCUGGACAAAUGGUCUGAGAUUGAAAAGGCUGGAAACAGAUCAUCAAACCCUGCCUUUUGGUGGAUAAAUGGAAAAGGAGAAGAAGUGAAGUGGAGCUUUGAGGAGCUGGGGUUCCUGUCUCGGAAAGCGGCCAAUGUGCUGACUAAAGUAUGUGGACUGCAGAAGGGGGACAGAAUUGUUGUGAUCCUGCCACGAGUCCCAGAAUGGUGGCUAGUGUAUGUGGCUUGCAUGCGAGCAGGAAUUGUCUUAAUUCCAGGAAUAUCCCAAUUAUCAGCCAAAGACAUAUUAUAUCGACUCCAGGCAUCAAAGGCCACAUGCAUCAUCACUGAUGACACACUGGCUCCUGCCGUGGACUCAGUGGCAUCUGAGUGUCCAUUUCUGAAAACCAAGCUAAUCGUGUCCAAAGGCAGUAGGGAGGGAUGGCUGAACUUCACUGACCUGUACAAAAGCGAAUCUGAUGACCAUUCCUGUGUCAAAACAAGGAUUCAAGACUCAAUGAGUAUCUUCUUCACCAGUGGAACCACAGGUUCUCCAAAGAUGACUGAACAUUCUCAGGGUAGUCUUGGUUUCAGACCCCUUUUAAGUGAAAGGUACUGGUUGGAUUUGACUCCCUCUGGCAUAAUAUGGAGCACAGCAGACACAGGAUGGAUACUUGCUUCACUGUCAUGUGUUUUUGAUCCCUGGGUUUUUGGAUCAUGCAUCUUUAUACAUAAGCUACCACAGACUGAAUCAGCAGUCAUCCUAAAUACUCUCUGCAGAUUCCCCAUUGACACGCUGGUUGGUGCUCCAACGUUGUUCCGCAUGCUGGUACAAUAUGAUCUCUCCAAAUACAAAUUCAUGAACCUGAAGUGCUGCAUGAGUGGAGGGGAGCCACUCAACCCAGAAGUCAUGGAGCAGUGGAAAAGCAAGACUGGGCUGGACAUCUAUGAAGUGUAUGGGCAGACUGAAACGGGAGUAAUCUGCUCUGUUUUUAAAGGAAUGAAGAUUAAACCUGGAUCAAUGGGGAAGGCAGCUCCCCUUUAUGAUGUUCAGAUCAUAGACAAAAAUGCUAAUAUUUUGCUUCCUGGACAACAGGGGGAAAUUGCUGUCAGAAGCAAACCUAUAAGACCACUUGGUUUAUUCUCUGGAUAUGUAGAUAACCCUAAGAAAACUGCAGAAUGUGAACGUGGGGAUUUUUAUGUCACUGGAGACAGAGGGAUUAUGGAUGAAGAUGGAUAUUUUCAGUUUAUUGGAAGAGACGAUGACAUCAUCAUUUCUUCAGGAUAUCGCAUUGGGCCUUUUGAAGUAGAGAGUGCCCUAAUAGAGCACCCAGCAGUAGCAGAAACAGCUGUUGUCAGCAGCCCAGAUCCCCUCAGAGGAGAGGUUGUGAAAGCAUUUGUGGUACUGACCCCGACCUUUUCAUCCAGUGACCUGGAGAGCUUAAUCCAUGACCUGCAGGAACAUGUCAAGAGAACUACUGCUCCAUAUAAGUACCCUAGAAAGGUGGAAUUUGUCCAAGAGCUGCCAAAGACAGUCACUGGGAAGAUCAAGAGGAAUGAAUUAAGAAACAAAGAAUGGGGACGGAUGUAGCAUUGUUUGGAAUUUAACAGAACUUCUUUCAUCCUACUAACACUAUAUAAAUUUCUCCGAUAUAGCUGCCUUCCUUCUGUUCUAUUUUUGUUAACUGCAUAAAAUCAAAAACUAUAGAUAAUAACAAGAUGUGAUGUUUGCACCUGCUUGUAAAGCUUUUAAUGUCGGUACCACAGUUCCAGUUCCUGAAGCAUUGCUGGGAAAAGGAACAAACAACUCCAUUCUAGUCCUGAAUGUUCACAGGUUCACCAGAAUUUGGCUAGUGGCCCAUCUCUUUUAAAUAGCAUCCAAGAUCACUGAAGAGAUAUUGUUGAUAUCAAUUGUCUAGCUCCAAGCUGCAGGAAAGGCAGACAUGCAUUUGAGUGGUUCAAAUGCUCUGUCCUUAAAAGCAGUGUAUUUAAACUGAAUGCAGCCCUGCUACCAUUUACUGAUGAUGGAAAGACUCCCCUUUAUUGAGACCACCACAAGACCUUCAUUAAUCUUUCGUGUUUAAUACUUGUGUUGAUGGCAAGCAGUGCCAGCUUCUCAUUGCCUUCAUUGCUCUCCCUCUGUUCUGACCUUCACCCACAAUACACAAAACUCCUGUACUACUUCUGAUGGUCUUUAAAAUGACGUUUGCUGUUGGGCAGGUGACCCAAUUUGUAGAACAGACCAUGGUUCUUUGCCAUAGUAGACACUACAGGACCAGUCUAUU